AGUAUUUCCAAAACAAUUAGCCAUCACACCGAGAGAGAGAGAGAGAGAGAGAGAGAGAGAGAGAGAGAGAGAGAGAGAGAGAGAGAGAGAUGGAACUUUAUGAUAAUGAUUUCUUGGAGGAAUCAAUGGCUCUAAGAAGAGAACCAUGGGAUACCAAUCCGUGUUCACAAGAAAACCAGCUUUUCUCUAAUGCUUGGAGUUUUGAUUGUUUUGAUCAAAACUAUCAAGCUUUUCCUUCAAAUUCUUUCUCUUUGCAAGAAGUGCCUCAGAGUUACAACUUCGACUACACCUUCAAUGAAAUCUACAGUUCCUUAUUUAAUGAGUUUUCUGCACCUCAGAUUGUAGAUUCAUCUUAUAGCACCCUUGAUGCUUCACAUAUUAGCACCCCUUCAUUUGUUCCUCAUGAAGAUUAUCCAUUGUCUUUGAUGGAAGAAGAAGAUCCGGGUUUGCUUGGGGAAGAGCUUCAUUGUUUGGACCUUCAAGCAACAUGCAAAAUGGAGCCAAGCCAUUCCCCUGAAAUGCCUGUUUUCAACACAGAUUCUUGUGUGGAAAGAAAGACUAGAGCAAAGAAGCUUCAGGGGCAACCUUCCAAGAACCUAAUGGCAGAGAGAAGAAGAAGGAAGAGAUUAAACGACAGACUCUCCAUGCUAAGAUCAAUUGUCCCAAAGAUAAGUAAGAUGGACAGAACAGCUAUUCUUGGAGACACUAUUGAUUAUAUGAAAGAGCUCUUGGAAAAGAUUAACACUUUGAAGCAAGAAAUAGAGGUGGAUUCCAACACUGCUACCAUUUUCAAGGAUUUAAAGCCAAACGAAAUCUUAGUAAGAAAUUCUCCCAAGUUUGAUGUGGAGAGGAGAAAUGCCAAUACAAGGGUGGAGAUCUGCUGUGCUGGGAAGCCAGGCUUGCUGCUGUCUACGGUAAACACAUUGGAAACACUAGGCCUGGAGAUCCAACAAUGUGUUAUUAGCUGUUUCAAUGAUUUCACAGUGCAAGCUUCUUGUUCAGAGGAACUGCAGCAGAAGAAAAUUCUGAGUUCAGAAGAUAUAAAACAAGCACUAUUUAGAAGUGCAGGAUAUGGAGGAAGAUGUUUGUGAGAAUAGAAGCUAGAGAAGUGCAAAAUAUCACAGCGAGUGCACUUUAGCUAUGUAGGAAGAGUUUUUGAGUUUCUGAUGAUGAUCCAUUAAUUUAUAAGCCAAGUUAGCUGGAUUUCUUUUUUCUUAAUGUCUGAGAAUAAUUGAUUUCUUCAACAAGAACAUGUUAACAUGUUCACCUAUGAA